AUGGUACCAUGGAAAGAAAUGAAAUUAAUUGAAAAAAACAAAACAAAGGAAAAAAUUGCUUUAGCAAUAAGAGAUGUUUUAGAUACUGCAAUUAUAAAAAUGUAUUUACAAUACUGUAAUGAAAUAAAAAAAGAAAUGGUUCCUAGUGAAAGCACUAUGAGAAAAGUUCUUUCAGCGUGUACAACAAUUAGAAAUAAAGCAAAAGUUUAUGUAGACUACUUUUAUGGAAAUUUGAUGGAUUCAUUAAAAAUAUUUGACAUUUAUAUAAAUGAACUAGUAAUAAAUGAUGCUACGACAAAAGAUAUUAAAAAAAUGGAUUAA